AAGGGUAGCACCUGCUUUCAUCAGCCGCUUCCGCUGCUCCACAUGCAGUGUGCUGUGUACGACCGUAAGACUUAAACAGCUUGCUAGCUGGGUGAAACAGAGUUCUCAUUUUGAGUUAGUUGUUUUAGUUUGUAGCUGCUAGCUACAUAUAUGUCCCGGGUAACAUGCUUCUUUUUUGUCCAACUUGCGGAAAUGUUUUAAUUGUUGAGGAGGGACAGAAGUGCAUGAGAUUCGCCUGCAACACCUGUCCCUAUGUACACAACAUCACAAGAAAGGUAAACAGCAGAAAGUAUCCCAAGCUGAAAGAGGUGGAUGAUGUUCUGGGUGGCGCUGCAGCUUGGGAAAACGUGGACUCAACUGCUGAAACUUGUCCCAAGUGUGGGCAUCUUCGGGCAUAUUUCAUGCAGAUUCAGACCAGAUCAGCUGAUGAACCUAUGACAACUUUCUACAAAUGCUGCAAUGCUCAGUGUGGACACCGAUGGAGAGACUGAAACCUUUUUGCACUUUGAAAAUUGUAAUGCAUUUAAUGCUUAUGUGGCAAAGGUACACCCCUCAUCUAAUUUUGGAGCCCAUAUUUCCUCCCAACGGGCUUGGGUAAUUAAGGGCGUUCUCUGUGCAGUUGCUUUUCACUGCAAAGGCCCAGCUGAAGAAAUUUGAAUUUCUUGUUGUGUACAUACAGUAUUAACUUUGCAGGCAUAAUUCAUUUUCCAAAACACAUUAAAAUAAGUUUAAAGGAAAAGUAAUGUUCUGAUUUUUAUUGAUAAAAUAGUACCUGUGUACAACAGUCAAACAAAUUUUGACUUACAUAGUUGUACAUAUCACAGACAUUUAGAGAGCAAUGCAGACCGGCAUUAUCCACAACAAUGGCAUACAGUACUUUGUAUUAAAACUUAAAUGCAAUCCUUCAACUCAAAAUUUACUUUCUUGCACAGCUUAGCUAGCCUCAAGAAAAAAAGUAAUCAAAUGCACAUAGUCAAGGAACUAGCCAGUGAGAAUUAUUUGUUUUGAUGUGUGGCUCAUGCAGACAAACUGCACUUUGUGAGUAAAGGUGAACGGCAGAUGGGACAUGCUGUGGUGGGCAUACUAUGGUUGUCUUAUUGUUAGUUAUCUCAAUGGAAUCACAAUGUCAUUUUGCAAGAUGUCUGAUACAAUCACUCAUUUGAAGCAUAUCCCUAGCAGAGAGAGGUCGCUAUUUAGUAUUAGUCAAUAUAGACAACUGUAUUUAUUAUUGAACAUGCAUCUGAGCAAUGUGGGUAAUCUUAAAGGGCUGAUGCCAUAUUAGGAGGGUUACAGGCUAAACAAUGUUAUGUGAUGAUGUUGCCAUCACUGUAAUUUGUUUGCCAACAUACUUGCCGGGAGACAAAACACAAGAUUGCUAAAAUAGAAUUCAGUGUGUCUCUAUCAGUAACAGUAAAGCCCAAAUCUCUCAGACUAAUGACAGAUGUAUCAGAAGGGGAACUUGAAGUGACUACUGACUAAGGGCCCAGAGGAUUAAUAAAUAUAGCAAGUAACAUCAAUCGUAGGCAUUCCCAAAUAUGAAAUUACAGCAGUUUAUCGAGCUGAAAAUGGUUCGUUAGUUUGCUCACAUUCAAAAAGGGAUAAUGAUAAAAGGAAAAAAACUAGAUCUGUUAGAACAAAAUUAUCA